CGUCUUAAUCAAUCUUCUCCUAUCCGCCACCGUCUCUCUCGCUCGCUCGCUCGAUCGCAUCUCGCCGCCAUUUCGCAAUCUCCAUCGCUGCCCUCUCGAAUUCUCUGUCUCGCGAGAUCUCACGGAGGCGGCGGCGGCAGAAAUCCUCCGGCCGAAAUGACCGGCGUCUAGGGUUUCGGAUUGGCCUCGCGCCGCCGCUCUUCGAGGUUGUUCCGAUCUCGCCGAUUUCCCCGUUUCUCGAUCGACUCCGAGGAGCUUCGAUUUCGCCUCGGGGGGAUCGCGCGGUUUACGAGGCGCUCCGAUUCCGGGGAGGGAGGGAGAACCGCGAUGUCGCAGGGGUAUGCGAUCGAGCUCUACUUCGAUCCGGCGCUCGAGAACCAGGUGCUCAAGGCCUGGAACGUGCUCGCCCGCCGCCAAAUCAGCACCCAGCUCAUCGAGAUCGAGGCUCGCCCCCACAUCACCCUCUUCUCCACCCCCUUCGUCGAGCCCUCGAAGCUCGAGGGCGUGGUCCGGGGCUUCGCGGCGCGGCAGGAGCCCGUCCCGCUCUCCUUCUUCGCGGUCGGGAGCUUCCCGGUCGACAACAACGUCCUCUUCCUCGCGCCCAAGGCGAACAUGUCCCUCCUCCAGCUGCAUUCCCAGCUGUGCGACGCGAUGAAGAAGGAGGGCGUCGAGGUUGGGGAGGAGUACCGCCCCGAGUCGUGGACCCCGUACUGCACGGUGGCGCAGGACGUGCCGAAGACGCGGAUGGCCGAGGGGUUCUGCGUGUUGAGGGACUUGAAGUUGCCCGUCGCCGGGUAUGGAGUGGAUAUUGGGUUAGUGGAGUUUUCGCCCGUUAGGGAGCUGUUCUCGUUUGUGCUAGGUAACACUGUAGAAGCAUGAGAUUUUGAGGAUACUCUUCUGUGAUCAGUUGAUAUGAAGAUUGAAUCGCAUGUUCUCUUCUGAACAUGGUGCAUUUAUUUAAUAUUGGGUUUAAAAACUCA